UUGUGACGUACGGGGACUGCGGUGGGCUCUGGUGCAGCGGUAGCUGCAACGCCGGCCGGGGCUCUGGCUCCGGCUCCGGGGCACUUAAAGGGGACGCAGUGGCGUCCCAGGGACCAAGGUGGGGGGGGGGGUUCAGGAAAGGCCUGGGGGGGCCCAGCCGAGCCAAACUCUAUCCGAGGCCCCUCGGGUGGAAGAACUGUACAUCGGAGCCCAGGAGCUGAGGGGAGCAUAGGACAUCGAGUUCCCUCCAGACCUUGCCCCCCUUAUUCCAUCCCGCACCCCCAAAAUCUCAUUCAAGCCUCCGACCAACACACGCAUUCACACUACAAAAGCUCAGCUUGAACACUCUGCUGCCGCUGUCUCUGUCGCUGCUGCCGCCACCGUGCCACUAAUUCCUUUUGAUGAAGAUAGAAGGAUAGAGCUGGGACACUGAGGUGUUGAGGGAUCUGAGAAUACAGCUUUCGGGAACUACUGGUAGAAAUUUUCAAUUGCCAGAGCCCUGAGUAAUGUCCCGAGGAUGAACGGGUGUUUUCCAGUUGCCGGCUUGAGAUGCCUGUCUAGGGUGUGCUGUACUUUACUUCGAGACGGCCCCACCCUCCCCAGCCCCUCUUCUGCUGCUGUCCGGCUGCUUCGAACACUGGUAGAAACCCCGCCUGCUGACACCCCCCUCCUGGGGAACUGGUGGUGGAUGUGCCAGCGUCGCUGGCCCGAGCGGCUCGCUAACCAUCCUCUCCCUGGCGGGCUCCUGCUGCGCCCCUUCUCGCUUGCUCCCUCCUCCCAGGACGGCACAAAAAUGGCGGAGCCAGGGACGCCCCGCUUCCUGCUAGUCUUUGACUUUGAUGAGACCAUAGUAAAUGAGAAUAGCGACGACUCUCUCCUGCGCGCCGCACCCGGCCAAAAGCUGCCCGACAGCCUGCGGGCCACGUACCGCGAGGGCUUCUACAACGAGUACAUGCAGCGGGUCUUCAAGUAUCUGGGGGACGAGGGUGUGAAGCCGCAGGACGUCCGGGAAGUCUACGAGGACAUCCCGCUUACUCCGGGCAUGACCGACCUCUUCCAGUUCCUGAACAAACAGAGCAGCUGCUUCGAGAUCAUCCUUAUCUCCGACGCCAACACAUUCGGUGUGGAGAGCUCCCUGCGUGCCACGGGCUACCGUGGCCUCUUCCGCAGCAUCAUUAGCAACCCAUCGGGCCCGGACGGGCACGGCAUCCUGGUGCUGAGCCCUUUCCACUCGCACAACUGCCCUCGCUGCCCCUCCAACAUGUGCAAGCACAAGGUGCUCAGCGAAUACCUGCGCGAGAGAGCGCGGGAUGGAGUGCACUUCGAGCAUCUCUUCUAUGUGGGCGAUGGCGCCAAUGACUUUUGCCCCAUGGGGCUGCUAUCGGGUGGCGAUGUGGCUUUCCCGCGCCGCGGCUUCCCCAUGCACCGUCUCAUCCAGGAGGCCCUGAAGGCCGAGCCUCCCAAGUUCCGGGGCUCCAUGGUGCCCUGGGAGUCAGCGACCGAAGUCCGUGGUCACUUGCAAGAGAUUUUAAAGAAAUGCUGAGGGGACGAAGCGGGCGGUUCUGGUUCUGCAGGCUGGGAAAGGCGCAGCUCCAGGGCUGCCUGGCCUUCCCAACCCACAUCCCCUUUUUGCCUCCGAGGGGAGCCUGGAAAUCGAAACUGUGUUUCAACCACCAACACCAGAACUUUCCCCCUGCCCCUCCCCCAUUCACUCCCAAAUUCGCUUUGUCUUCUCACUCCCCUGGACCAGCCCCUUCCAACUGUGCUUCGAGAGCCCUGGAUCCCAUCUAUUUGGGAGAUGGGAGAAGGGCGCAAACACACACACGCAUGUGUGCAUGUAUGAAUGUGUGGUGGGUGCAUAGCCUAUGAAUGGGGGUGGGGCAGUGUCCAUUUAUGCAGAUAGCCCUACCGGGCAGCCCAGAGUCCAGUCUUGGCUGUCCUGCAGCACACACCUGAUUGAGCGGAGCCACUCAGUCCGCCCUACCCCUUUCCUAGGGGGCUGAAGUCUGACUUCGGUAUCAGAGCUUCCAAGAUCGCACCUGGAUUGUUAUUGUGGUGAGGCUGUUUUGGGUGCGGAAGGGCGGAAGUAUUGAAAUAGUUGCUUUCUGGCCCUGCCACUGAUGAGCAACAAUGACCCUCCCUAGCCGCAGGGAAACCUUUCCAGCACCCUCAGGUCCCCGGGCCAUACCCACUGUCAAUCCCCUGCUGGGGAGGAAGAACUCGUUGUCCUCCACCCCCACCCCACCCCUUCCAGUCGACUCAGCUUGCACCACAGUGACCCCUAUAGAGUCCCCUUCCCCACCCAGGUACAAAAGGGGGAAUGGGGAAUGGGGGGAAGGCGGGGAAGAGCCAGAUAAGCUAUAGCCUCCUGGUGGUGGAAUGAAGUAUCGCCCAGUCCCAACUCUUCUCGGCCAGUCCUCCACCCCUUAUCUAUGCAGCAAGAAGCCAGCGACCUCUCCAAAGCCUCCGGCUGUAGUCGGAUCUCCCUUUCCCCACCUCAACCCUCUCUCUGAUUGUUCGGAACUCAAAGCCAUGAUGUUUUAAAGCAGAGCCAGCAGAAGCCGAAGGUCCCUCUUCUUCCCUCUCUCCCUGCUGUUUCUAAGAGCUAUAAAGGAGGUGAAGGGGGAAAAGG